AUGGAAAAGGGCUGGGAUGAGCUCCCAGACCCUAAACGAGUGUGGAUUGGGACGUCGGGCAGUCAUGAGGAGGGUCUUGGUAGACUCGUCCUACUAACACCUGAAAGAGUAUUGGAGGCAGCUCAAACUCAAAUAAGGACAGGCAUCAGAGUGAACCUUGGUUGGGACCUGACCAAGCUCGAAUAUGCUUGCUUUAAUCGCCAGCCAUCCGAGCUCAAAAUAGUGCCAGUGCUCGGAGGCGUGGCCUUUGACGAUAUCUACACGAUGAACCCACAGCAGAGUAGCCAGUGGGACGGUCUGCGUCACUUUUCAAUGCCCUGCGAACAUGGGAGCCCUGAUCGUGUCUUCUACGGGGGGACCACCAAGGAAGAGAUCCUGGAUCGUUCUAAUGACCGGAUCGGUAUCCAUCAUUGGGCACGGGAGGGUAUCACAGGCCGCGGCGUUCUGAUUGACUAUGCAUCAUGGGCGGAGAGAAAGGGUAUCAAAUAUUCAACAUUCACACUGCACGAGGUGAAGCUGGACGAUAUUCUGCAGAUCGCCAAAGAGUGCAAUAUCACUUUCCUGCGAGGCGAUAUCCUACUGGUGCGCAUCGGCAUGACCAAGGAAUGGGAGAAGGAUAUGACCAUCAAGGACAAGCAGGCAUACGCAGCUACUACAACUCCCAUGCAUGCAGGAGUCGAAGGGACUUUAGAUAUGCUAAAAUGGAUCUGGAAUACGGGAUUCGCAGCUGUCGCAGGUGACGCCAUCAGCUUCGAGGUGUACCCACCUCCUCCAGGGAGGAUUAUGAUGCACGAGUAUAUGCUGCCAGGAUGGGGGAUGCCUAUUGGCGAGAUGUUUGAUUUGGAGAGGCUAGCGGAAACAUGCACACAGCUUCAAAGAUGGACUUUUUUCAUCUCAUCAACUCCUCUAAAUAUGCCUGGUGGCAUCUCUUCGCCGCCUAAUGCACAGGCUAUCUUCUAG